UACACAGACGGACACCUAUCAUUAUUAAUUAGGUCACCACUUGUAGGUCCAUAUGCACUUACUGUUGAACCCAAUAAUUACUCAGUCGUCAGCGCCCAAGAGAAUGCAGCAUUAAAGAAUUGCGUGUUUCAAGAUACAUGUAUAACUUAGGAAUAUGGAUUGCAAGGCUUCGGAUAAGUCACUUUAGAGCGACCAGGGCGACCCCUUUCGUAGCCUGUGUGCCAUGGCCGCCUACAACUGUUCGGACCCUCCUAGUCUUAGUAAGGGGUACUUUGUGAUCGCCAAACCCUAUUACGUGGACGGGGAUCGAGUGUUCUACUACUGUCAGUGGACCUAUUUUCUUCAGGGAAAUCCCAUCCGAGAGUGCGAUGGCGACACUGGAAAUUGGACCGGAAGUGCUCCGACUUGUUCCACCAUCACCACCACCACCACCACCACCACGGAAGCACCGGUCAAUGAGUGGAUCUACAUGUCCAUCAGUUUGUCAUCUUUCCUGGCUCUAGUUUUUGUCUGCAUAGUCGGCGUAGUGAUUCUGAAAUAUUGCUAUAUUCUCUGUAGGCAAAAAACACGUGUAAAAGACGACGAAGAGGAAGUUGAGACCGGAUGUUGCUACACGUGCUGUAUUCACUGCAUUUCUUCCAGUUGCCGGGGGUGUUUCCCUGUACGUAAAAAUAGCCCUAGGCCCACCCCUCAACCCCCGUCACCCAAGCCCAGCCUACGGUCGGUCAGUAUACAGGCCGGAAGUAGUCCCAGUACCCUCAAACUAGAGGAAGUGGUGACGACUAAGAAAGUGGCAAAAGAGUUGAGGAACUACUGGAAACCUCACAUGCACGACAUCCGGCAAAACAACCAGAGCACGAACUGACCAUGGCAUUUGUGUAAGGCUAGAAUGUCAAGGACACUUGAUUGGACACGGCAAAACAAGGAACCAAAUGUAGCGAUCAUACAUGUACUUUAAUAUUCUGUUUUUCAUAACAUGAUCAUCUGCGAGAAACUGACUUGUCCUGUUCAUUAGACAAUUGUGGUGUUUAUCAGAAGAAAAGGAUAACAAGUUGAGAGGAGUGCGAUUUUUCACAUUCAAAUGAUUGCUAUACUUAACUCCUCAUCUUAACAGUCACAAUACAACAAAAUGCACUGAAUAGUUACAAUACACAUUAAAAUGUGCUUUGUAUUGUCCUGCAUUACCUAGUUCUUUACAUGAAUAAUCACACCUUUCCAUUUUGCAUGGACCAUGUGGUACUUAAACAGAUCCAGACUGUCAAGUUGCAAUCAUAAUCCUCUGUAUAUGUUUAAUGAAAUUUACAGUCGGUCGUUUUCCUUCGCAUAAAUUGUUGUCAUUAAUAUGGUCAUGGCCAUGUUUUAUUACUGCGUUGAAAAUCAAUCAAUUAAUUUACUCAACAUUGGUAUGCCUCUUAUG